AAAGCAAACUAAUUAGUAAUUAUUCAUUAAUAAUCAAACAAUUGAAUUAAAUUACUUGCUUUGCUUCAUCAAUUAUUCAAUGACAAUUGAGCAUUGACAAUAAUAGUAUUAUACAACACAAUUCUUUCAUCACUGUUGACCAUCAAUAAACCGCUAUCAUGCUAAUUAAGUAAUUAUUAAAAUUAUUCAAGUAACAAACAUUGUUGAAUCUAGAGACCAAAAAAGAGUUACACACCAUAAGCUAAGAUUCACCAAGAAUAGAUUAUGUUUCUGCCAUUAAAAUGAGUAAUGGAAAAAAAAAUUGGUUUGCUGGACCUGGACGAGACAACUCACCAACUGUUUUACUUUUACAGUUUUACUGUUUUACAAUCGUCAUUAUUCAUUAAGCAAAAGUGCAAAACAAAUACAGAGUGAACUUGGAUGUGAAGUACAGGCAGCCACACGCACACCCGCCCACAUGUCUAUUUUACAUGGCCAGUACAGACAGCGGAGAAGGGACGGUGAGCCGGAGAAGAUUACCUCUAAAGUUGACGGAGAGCCGGAGAAGGGACGGCGACGGUCUGACGGAGUUCAACGGACAGCGGAGCGGGGAUUUGGGCUGCUGUCUGCUGGCUUCGACGGGGUUUGACGGCUGGCUUCGACCAACAACGAUGAACAGGGUUCGACGGGGUUCGACGGCUGGCUUCGACGGGGUUCGAGUUCGACGGCUGGCUUCGACCAACGACGAUGAACAGGGUUCGACGGGGUUGACGGCUGGCUUCGACGGGGUUCGAGUUCGACGGCUGGCUUCGACCAACGACGAUGAACGGAGGAGGAGGGAUCGGCGGUCGUUGACUCGUGGUUUGAUUGGGAUCGGCUGGCUUAGAUCGUUAGGGAAUUACUAAUUCCGAAUUAGGGCUUUUUAGGGUGGGUGGUCGUCGACUGUUCUCAUUUAUGACGAUCCGCAUCCGCUGAUGAAAAUCAAUCUCCCAUUCGGUG